AACAAUAGAACCAUUUAUUUUCAUCAAUACUUUUUCAUUGUCUAUGAAGAAAGUGCCGGUCGAGCAAUUGGUUGAAGACAAGUACUGUCUAAUAACUUAUGGUCUCAACCGUACAUAUUGUUUGAAUUUGCCGACAAUGAAUGACACUGACGACUAUCUUCACAUGAAAUCCCAAAUUUUAGGCGAUGCCACACAAUACACAUUAUACGGUACACUUAUUUUGACAAUACCGUCCAUAGUGGCAGCAUUGUUUGUCGGCUCCUGGACUGACAAGUAUGCCGGUGCCAAAAAAAUAUUGAUGAUUGCCGGUGCACUCAAUGGUAUUGCCGAAGCUGUCAUCUUAAUGUUCAAUAUAUACUUUUACGACAUAUCACCGUUGUAUAUACUGAUGGCAACAAUACCAAUAAUUUUUUCUGGUGGUAUGCUAUCAAUGGCUACGGCUUUCUGGGCCUAUACUGUACUGACAACACCGUUACACAUGUUAGCACUCAGGAUGACUGUCAAUGAGAUUGUCACAUCCAUAGCUGGUAUUUUGGGUACAUAUGUCGGAGGAAAAAUAAUUGCCUCUUCUCCGAUGUUAAACGGGGGUCAACUGCACAACUAUACAGCUAUUAGUUUAUUAUCGGGUGGUUUGUAUACAAUUGCAUUGCUGUGGACUAUAUUUAUGAUAAAUGAACGAAGAGAUCAAAAACGGUUUUACAAACUGUUUGCAAAAGAAUCGGAACAACUGUCUAAUAAUGACGAGGGAAGAGCUCUUCUAUCAGAGGACGGACACCACAGAGAUAAUCAUAGACGACGAGUACAUCCCAUAAAAUCUUUGUUUAAUAUCAAUAAUAUCAAAGAGAUGCUAAUCACAUGCUGUAAGCCACGUAGACAUUAUGUGCGCCUACAGAUUUGGCUACUGAUUCUUUCAAUGGCUAUACUGGUGCUCGCAUACAUGGGUCCACUCAUAUUCCUGUUUCCAUUUGUUCAAAAGAUUUAUCAGUGGGACUCUGAAACCUAUAGUACUAUGAAUGCUCUCAAUGGUUUGGUAUCAUCACUGUGUACUAUAUUUAUCGGACCAUUAUUUAUAAAGAUAUUAGGAUUUAAAGACACAACUCUAGCACUGGUAGGCUUGUUUUCGUUUGUGGCACAAACCACUAUCCGAGGAAUUAUAUUAAAUCCUAAUGGCUUCUACCUGUCCAUACCUAUGGGUGCAUUGGGACCGAUCGGUUUUAUCGGUAUUCGGUCGCAUUUUUCCAAAAUUGUAGAACCAGACGAAUUGGGAAAAGUUAGCUCAUUGAUGGGUGCAGUCGACAGUAUUGUACCAUUGAUAGGAUCGGCAAUAUUUACGGCUAUAUUUAAGUCUACUAUGGAUACAAUGCCUGGGAUGUCAUUUCUCAUAACUAGUAGUCUAUUUAUAAUACCGCUAUCAGUGUUGCUAUGGAUUCACUUUUACACUGUUUUACCACAUUUACAACAACCACCUGUAGUCACAAUUCUAAACAAUGAUAUUGAAAUUAUUGAUGACAUUCAAGUA